CUCCACAUCUCUCCUCUCUCCCGUGUCUCUCCCGAUGCCUCGCUCUUGUUGGAUAGGAGACAGCGACACACAGCAGGCAGGAUGACAAACCAGUCGACAGCCAACCAGUCCAACACAAACAAGGUGAAGGAGAAAGAAGAAAACCAGCAAGAUGAUAACACAGAAGUUGCGUAUAAAGAUGCUGGCUACUGCAGCCGCAACACCCACAACCUGCUACUGGGACUCACUGUUCUGGGUGUUGUUAUGGGAGUUGCGCUUGGGAUGCUGCUGCGGUACAUGAUGGUGACAGACAGCUCUGCCCUCACUAUGGUUUCUUUCCCUGGAGAAAUCCUCAUGAGAAUGCUGAAGAUGCUCAUCCUGCCUCUCAUCAUCUCUAGCCUUAUCACAGGACUGGCUGGUCUAGACGCCCGCUCCAGUGGCAGGAUGGGUAGCAGAGCCAUGGUGUACUACAUGUCCACCACUGUAAUCGCUGCCAUCCUCGGGGUCAUCCUGGUGUUGGGAAUCCAUCCGGGGAACCCCAAGCUGAGGGGAGGCCCGUCAAGCACAACCCAGAAGAGCCAGGAGGUCAGCAGUAUGGACGCCUUCCUCGACCUCAUCAGAAACCUCUUCCCUGAGAAUCUGGUGCAGGCCUGCAUCCAACAGGCUCAGACUGUGCUGAAAAAGGUGCCAGUCUCAGCACCAAACCAAACUGAGCCCAUCUUAGUCAACAAGAAGAAACUGGAAUACAAAUGGGGCAUGAACGUCCUCGGCUUGAUUGGCUUCUUCAUCACCUUUGGGAUCUGCAUGGGCAGGAUGGGCGAGCGAGGGAAGGUCAUGUGCGACUUCUUCAACAUCCUCAACGAGAUUAUCAUGACGAUGGUUUCCAUGAUCAUGUGGUAUUCUCCUGUUGGCAUUGCCUCUCUGAUUGCGGGGAAGAUUGCGGCCAUCGGAGACCUGGAGGUGGUCGCCAGGCAGCUGGGUAUGUACAUGGUGACUGUCAUGGUGGGCCUGGUGAUCCACGGCGGCUUGAUACUACCUGCUAUAUUCUUCGCUAUCACCAGAAAAAGCCCCUUCACUUUCUACUCUGGAAUCUUCCAGGCUUGGAUCACAGCUUUGGGCACUGCUAGCAGUGCAGGGACGUUACCCGUCACCUUCCGCUGCCUGGAGGAAAAUCUGAAGAUUGAUAAGCGCGUGACUCGCUUCGUGCUGCCCAUAGGUGCCACCAUUAAUAUGGACGGCACUGCACUGUAUGAGGCUGUGGCAGCCAUCUUUAUUGCCCAGAUGAAUGACAUCACCCUUGAUAGCGGACAGAUCGUCACUGUCAGUAUGACUGCCACCCUGGCCAGUGUCGGAGCUGCCAGUAUUCCCAGUGCUGGACUGGUUACCAUGCUGCUAAUCCUGACGGCUGUGGGCCUGCCUACUCAGGACAUCAGUCUGCUCAUCGCUGUGGACUGGCUGCUUGACAGAAUGCGUACCUCCAUCAAUGUGGUGGGCGACUCGUUCGGUGCCGGGAUCGUGGACCACUUGUCGAAGGCAGAGCUUGCCGAACUUGACGCCGCAGAAAUGCAAAUGCUCCACCCAGAGGAGGAGCUCGAUUUCAUCCCUCCUCCCCCGAUCCUCACAGAGAUGGACCUGGUUGACCCUUUCAAACCGCCCGAGCUGCCACCUCGCUCUCCUCGCCCACCCAAACAAAACCACCACAGCCACUUCUCCCAGUCCCAAUCCAUCACUUACUCGCCGUCCCGUUCUAUCCGAUCUCCAUCACCACGCUCCAUCCGCUCUCCCUCUCCGCGCUCUGUCUGCUCCCAUUCCCCUCUGCCUUUCCGUACUCAUUCACCACGCCUCCUCCACAGGACGGAGCCGGGCUACUGCGCCCUGCCCAGCCACGAUAACCAGAUUCCCACGCUGCCUCGCACCUACAGAGAGAGGGACAGGGAACGGGAGAGGCUAAGGCGAGAGAGCGAAACGGAAGAGGAUGAGGAGAGGGUUUUGGGUGAAGUAAGCGACGGCGAGGAGAGUGAUGACACUGCUUAUGAUCGGAGGCACACCAUCCCACCGUGCGACCUGCCAUGAUGGGUUUUACCACCAAAAAGCUUCCCCAUCAAUUAGUUUGCGUUUUAUUACAGCUUUCCCCACGUUAGUGCAGUGAUUCUUACACAAGUUAGACAACGGUCCCCAUGUGAUAAGAUUUUGUCCCAGGAUUGCCCAUCUGAUAGGAUUUUGGCUUUUUGAUGUUUUUAUUACA